AUGAGCAUUGCAUAUUUGGAAAAGCUCUUGCCGCUUCGAGAAGGCGAGCCUAAUGAACAGCCUGAUGAGUCGUUGCUUCAAGAUCUAUCUGACCACGAUAUAGGUCUUCUUUCAGCACGGUACCAGGAGUUUCUAGAUUCGAUUGGUCCGUUUAAGGAGAAACUUAAGCCCAUAGAGCAAUUUCUUGACUACUUUAAUACUGAGGUGUGCAAGCUUUCAGACUCUUUGUUGGCGCUUCAGCAUCAGUCGUCCCAGCUUUCAUCCAACUUGGGCCUGCAAAGACAAGUUGUUGAUCAGCUCAAUCCGGUCAUCUUGGACUUGAUUAUCCCUCCAUCUGUGUCUGAAAGUGUAAUUAGUGAGCCAGUGGAUGAGAAGUGGAUGGAAAAUAUCAGGUUUAUUGUUGAAAAGCAACAACUCAUACAGAAGGUGAAGGAUGUCAAGGAAACGGAUAAGGAACUGCAGUUUUUAGCUCCGUAUAAGGACUCCAAGGCAUUUUCUGAGCUUGAAAAUGGUAUUAAGUCCUUGGAGGCCAAAGCUAUUGAAAGGAUCAGAGACCAUGUUAUCAACCAAAUCAGACUUCUUAGAAGAUCUCUAAAGACGUCAUCACAGGUGGUUCAGGAAAGCCUUUUGCAAACAAAGGAAGCGUUCUACUUCUUAAAAGAAAGGCAUCCAAAGCUUGCAAACCAACUUCAGCUUGCAUAUAUUUUCACCAUGAAAUGGUACUACACAACAAGAUUCGCCAAGUACCUUUACGCUAUCCAGAAGCUCAAAGUUAAACAGGUUGACACUGGUUACGUAUUAGGAGCCAAUGAGCAUGGAGAAGCCAAGUCUGGUUUAUUUGGUGGUCUCUUGGAAUCCACUUAUUCAUAUGCCUCUUCGCAAUCGUCGCCGAAUCUCGGUGGUGGUCCAGCUGGAGCUAGUGCUCAAGGCAGCUCUCGUCCUACCCUUAACGAAUACUUUCUGUCGGUCAGGAAGAGACUCGAUAUUCUUUCUGAAUCUGACGGGGAAAGCCGUCGCUCCAUUCCAUCUCAAAUUGCUGAGACGACGCCUUUUGCAUACUGGUUAGAGUUCAUGUAUAACCAAUGGGCCAAUGCUUUAUUAGACAACGUCAUUGUUGAGUAUCUUUUCUUCAUUGACUUCUUCCACCAGGGUGAUGAGAAAGCUGGACCUGUCAAAGAGCUAGAUCUGGGAAUGAAUAUUCCAUGUGGUGCAGAUCAAACCUGGUCUCAGGUCGUUUUCGGCGAGGUAUACAAAAUGGGUCAAGAUUUUGUUCAUUGGCUCUUGACAAGUACUCUUCAGAGACUGAGCUCAAGAAUAGUCUCAGGAACAGGUGCUGCGGCAGCCUCUGUUGCUGGGUACGCUUAUGGAGCAACUGGUGAUGCGUAUGCUGUUUUGCUUAUUAUUCGUUUGGUUCAAAAUCAUCAGUACAACCUUCAUAACAGGUUCCAUGUGCCUUCCAUGGACGAUUACCACAAUCGUCUUUUGCUUCAACUCUGGCCACAAUUCACAAGAGUGAUUGAUUUGAAUUGCGAUGCCCUCAAGAAGAAUGUUUUGGGAACAGGUUCCUAUUCUUCCAGAAAUGCAGACAAGCAUCAAGCACCACUUAAUGUCACACAACAGUUCUCGCAGUUCCUUGCUGGACUUCUACGCCUCGCCUUCGUUCACGAUUCGGACCAGGACAAACGCAGCUUCUUCCAGGGCGAACCAAUUGCAAUGUCCAUCACCAGAAUAAGAAAUGACUUUGAAGGUGCACUUACCAAGGCCAGUAAUCAUAUGUUCGGGUCAGGACGCAGCAAAACUACCCAGAAGGAGAUCUUCCUUUUUAAUAAUUACUUCUUAAUCAUGACCAUUCUUCGAAACGACAAGUGA